CGUCAUUUCAACACAGUCACGCACGCGCGCUCUGACGAACCUGCCAUCGACGCCAGGCGCGGAUGGUGAGUGACCCCUACCGGCUGUGCAGUGGCGGCGUUGCCUCGUGCACACCAUACCACACCAAAACACAAAGCGUUGUGCACUCAUCCUUGUUGCGUUAGGCGCACUACACUCUGCAACUGCGUUGAUUGUACCGCAGCAGUGCUCUGUCUGGCGUAGACGAUGGUGAUACUCGGGCAAAGAGCAGCUGCGCUGGCUGGCCCUUGGCAUGCGGCGCUACUCCUGCUCCUGCUGUCUAGCCUGCGGCAGCUCGGUUUCUGUUCUGCUCUUCUUGGGGUAGCACCACCACACCGCUCCAACUUCAAGAUGUUCAAAGCAAGAUACCCGCUGGAAGGGGGCCCGCCGCAAGUGAAACUACACAUCGCCAUCAUCGUGGAAGACUCUCGAAGCACAGGCGAGAAGGGUGGUCGACCAAACAGCGAAGACAGAGACACCGGGCGACGCUUGGUGCUGUUCGAUUUUCUGCCCAAAGAACCAACGGCGUUCGAAACAACGCUUCGCUUGCUGACGGGAAACGACGUUCCGGGAAACCUAAGAGAGCGGGAGCUUCGAUUCCUGCCUCCCGGGUCGGUGUACGUGGGGGAGAGCGAUGCGACUAUUGGCGACAUGCGAGGAUUUGUAGCAAAGUAUCCUGAUCGUCUGUCGCUGGUAUCGAACAAUUGCUUUUCAUUUGUUGAUGCCUUUGUUGCAAGGCAUCGCCUAGAGUAAGUUAAGGGUGUGCACUACACGUGUGAUCGUAGUACUUUUGUACCACUGUGUACUACUGUACAUGAUGAUACCACAUCGCUUGUGGAUGUGACCUACAGGUUGGGAACCUUGAGAGUUUGAUUGUCACCACAACUUCAUGAUCAGGGUGAAACCACGCAUGGAUCUGUAUGCUGUUGGUUGCUGAAGUGUGGUACUGCUCUUCACCUGUUGCCGUGUCGCUGGUCGAAUCCCGAGUACACCCAAAGAGCAUGGGGGUUUGGCAUCAUUGUCACAUUCUUUUUGGGCCGAUCCGUUUUUGGAUAGUCAAGCUGGCAACUGGCAGAUGUAUUAUCUAUAGAUGGACAGCAGUGUUUCCUGUGAGCACCGGUACGGCGAGAAACAGCCGGGCACGCACUUGAUUUUUUGACUGCUGGAAAUCCUUCUUGAUUGAGUGUGCCGACCUCACUGGUAUUGUUGUGCGAAUGCUGAGUUGUUGUCUACUUUGGGCACGGGCGCUUCCAUGUGUGCCAUGACACAUGCAAGUUCGCCCGUGUGGUAAGGGCGGUCGGCGCACGCACCCACACUUUCUUCCUGCACGUCCUGCUAUUGUGGCGUAGGGGGAGGGUCGUUUUUGGUCUGUGGGUUGCGUGUUUUGGCUAUUUGCGUUGUACGGUGGCCUUUGGUUGGCCGUUUUUUGCUGCUGCUGUAGAGGGGAGGGUGCGCUCUUGAAAGCAACCAGUCAGAACUAUUUUGUACAAAAGUUGGCCUCGCGAGAUACAGCUGACACACAAAGCUCAGCAUGCAAAGAUAACGAAGGGUAUUUGUGUUAUCUCCACAAUAUAAUAUCGAGAUUGCUUUUUUUCGUGUUUGUGUAGCUCUAGCCUUAGAGUUCCCGUCAAGGUGCAGAUUCCCCUUCAAGCUGACUUUCUCUUGAGAUUUCAAAGUCCCC